AUGAUCAACAGGAUGUUUAAGUGGAUCGAUACUAGGGACGCUCUCCAUCAGUUGGCGCGUAUCCCUCGUCUUUUUUUGACCCCUCCUUCAACAGAGCCGCCCUGUUCGAAGAAACAAUCUAAGACAAUGCCCGCAUUUAGAUCAUUCCCUACGAUAAAGGCGAAAACAGUAAGUGUGUCCGACGACGACAGCUCACUUGUGAGCUACAACGAUUCUGAGACUUCAACAUUGCCCGAAACUUCGUCCGGUGCUAGUUUUUCUUCGCAACAUGAUCCAAUGAUGGAUGACGGAGAGUGUAUUUUAGCUCUUCAGAAAGAGUUUCUACUGCACACACUAAUGUAUAUGGAGAGACUAAAGUGUGUAUAUCGUCUAGACCGAGCUUUGGCGAGCACCAUCUCAUCCUGCUCCUCAAAGGCUACUUCGGAGACUUUCGACAUGAGUGAAGUAGGCGUAUGUAGUCUUCCUUGCAGUAGCAGUGAGCGUGGUGAAGUUCAGUGGCCAUACAGACGCGAGGAGGCUCGUGUUAUAAUUGAGUUGAUCGCAUGGUACAAACAACGAGAAAAUAUGAGUCUGCUCGCGUUACUAUACGGUCAAGUGCAUUCACAUAAAUUAUCGAAACGGAAAAGCUUUGUUCGAUGGUUAUCCAUGGAGUUGGAAGCUGCAUUACAUGCUUUGCCAUCUGUUGCUUCCUCAGGUGACGUCAGGAGCACUUGCCUAUUGUGGCUUGUCAACCGUAUUGUGAACCUCGAUAGCUACGACAGCGAAAAAUCGAAUUCGAGCUGGAUCACACGCGAGGAGGGUCCUCAGAAGUGGUUAAAUAUGUGUACAGACUGUGUUUGUGCUGCGAGCUCAACAGAUCUAUUAACUACUGAUGUCAUCAUGGUUCGAAAUAGGAACCAAUACAUGUCACCUUGUGCGUUGAAGAAAGAUGUGCAUGCAACGAAUACGCUUCGUGUGCCUCCAUUCACUGACUUUGCCUCUCUCUUUGAUUCACUUCCUGACAGCACAUGCGAGUUGUCGAUGACCAUUGGUACUGAGCCCCCUACGAAGCCUCUUAUCAAUAACAAGGAGGAUUUAUUUUGGAAUGAAGCCACGCUAGCCUUCAAGCAUGAUCCAAGCGUUCAUGCUGUAUUCGAGUUGCUGCGUGGGCGAUUAAUCGCUUCUGACCUCCCUAUAUGUCCUUGUUUGCGCAUAUACUGGCGAUGUGUUCUCACAGAGAUGCUAAGGAGUGGAUGGGAAGCGGUAGCAGUGCUGGCCGACACAAACUCUCAAUAUAGCUGGGUGGGAAGCCAUCGUAAUGACCCUAAAAUAUCUAAGCAUUCACUUAAACUAAGGAAGGACGCUGAAUACUACGCUGUAGGUGUGUUUCUUUCUUUCCGUCGCAUACUGAGCGCUUUCAGUAAGCAUCAGUUGUUGAAACCUCUCAUUGAAUUGCAUGAGCUAGUAGCUGGGUACCGCUGUCACACAGUUGAUCGAGAAAGCAAGACCACAUUUACGGCUAUAGCGAGCAAAUGCAGUGAUUUCACUUCUCAUGUCCCUAGUACUAGUAAUGCUCUCAUAAGGAGUGAUAAACUGAGGUGUUUCAUGGAUCAUGCUGCUGCGGUCAGACAGGACAUUCUCUCUGGGAAGAUAGCCUCGCCGUUAUUGUGGCGUGAGCUGGUGUUGUUUGACGCAUUUACGCUAAUCAAUCUUGGCCACACUAGCGAAAAGGCAAGCGAUCUGUGGGAUGCUGUGCGAGAAGUUGAGGAUGAGGAUGGUGUCGGGGCAUCGGGGUUAGGCGUUGUGAGCACGUAUAACCACAUCGAUGUGGAGGCAAUGAAGCCAAGACCCUUACAGCUGAGUGUACAAAAGCUACGUCAGCACCUCGUGUACAUUCAGGAGGAGUGCCUUCAGCACCUCACUGUACUUGAGGCGAGCUCCAGCAGUGUGAAUACAUCCGUGAUUUCAUCUAAGAUACAUCCACAGCGAGCGACUUGCGUACGCGGAAUAGACUUCAUCGUAUCUAAGAUAACACCAAGAACUCGGACUGGACUGAUAAGCCGCUUGAGGGAAGGCCUACGACUCAGUACAAAGGUAUUAUUAGCUCUUGGUGACACAGCGUCUAUCUGCGCUCUUUAUCAAAAGCACGGUUCUUCUAUUGGUGGAAGCUGGGAGACAGGUAAGGCAUUGGUACAAGAAGGAGUCUACGACACUGCACUUGAUGCCUUUCAGCAUCUUUUACGCGAUACUCAUGCACAGUACCCAUUUGGACUGCCUCGGUUUAUUCAGGAUAUGAUUCUUGAGGCGAUUACUGGCGCCGGCCAUGGGAUCGUUUCUGUACUAGACAAUGGACAGCUGAGGGAAACAGAGACGAUCAACAGAUUAAUGCAGCGCUACGAGCAACUUCGUAGUUGGUCGGUAGGUCACCUCCUUCCAACACCUUUGUGCCUUCACGCACUUCUCAGGGGUGUUUUAAGAGGCACAUCUUCUACUGUUACGGAAACGUUGCCACUGCGUGCUCAUGUAGUGAGUCGUUUUCUUAUGGAGUACACAUCCCGAUACGGCGCACGGGACGGUUUUUUGUCCAAAAGCAUUGAUAUGUGGAUUGAAUGUGUUUUGGGGGCUCGGCAAACCACAGGGGCUGACUCAGAACUAUCGGAAGUGAUGGAGCAAGAAUUCUUACGCGCACUUGUAGAACUUCUCAGUAGAUUUCCACAUCUCCCCAUUACCCGUAUCAGCUUAACCUGGUUUCUGCGAGCAGGCUACAGAAAAGGGGUCCACGUAGUUUUAUGCAGCUUGGUUGCAUCAAAGGCUUCGUGUUCGAUGGAUAUAUCGGACGCAUUGCAGUCAUGUGAACUUCAGAGUUUAGUUAUGUCGUCCUCAUCUGACCAAAUUUACCUUUCUGAUAAUUACAUACAAGCAACUCUUAACUCUCUUUCGCGAAGGGCUCUCGAGGAGCUGGUUGAAUUCCUAGAUUCAGAUGACACCACAUCCGCCAAGGCAGAUUUCUUUCAGUUAAAAUGCAUGGGAACAAACAAUUUUGAGGAGGCGCGCUUCGAUCGCAUGAAGGACAUGUGCAAAAAAACAGCACAAUAUUGUGCUGUGCUUCAGUUGCAGCAGCGGCCAUGGCAGUGCUUUCUGUGUCGCACAUGGAACAGCCGUCAUAGCACGGAGUGCAAGCUCUGUCAGUCACUAGACACAGCUGUGGUACAGUGUGCGCGGUGUGACGGCUUUGCUUCCACCCGUGACACUGCAUGCUUGGUGUGCGGAGUCGAUUUCACACUGGACGGUGACACAAUGGCCCGUAAGGAGAUUUUGGAUGGUGAAGGUAUCGGUGCUCCUCUUUCCAAAGUAGGCGAUGGGCGGUCUGCUGAUGUCGUUUUAUACUCUUCCUCCUUCAAAGCCGUUUUUCCACUACGUGUCUGGACUUGCAACGACUGCGGUCGUGCAAACGACGCGAGACACAUAUUUUAUUGUGCCUUCUGCAACAGUCAAAAUGUGGCGCUUCAGAAGGCAUUGAUGGGGACAUCCUACACGUGCCCUACCUGCGGGUACGUUAACCCGCAGGGGAUGUUGCGCCCGUGGUGCAGCACUUGCGGAACUCUUUCCCCUGUAAUACCAUCUGACCAGAAAAAAGAGCUGUGGUACUGCUCAGCGUGUCAUCAUCUUAACCCAUGGCUAUUUGUGCACUGCGAACGUUGCACAGAAGGUCGUCCGCUGCCGGCGUCGGUGCCGGGUAGUGUGGUUCAUUCUUCUUUUCCACCGUUUGCUGACAACAGCACGAGUCUUACAUUGUGGCCCUCCCCUUUUGUCACGGUGCUUUGGGAUACGAUGCAGUGCCAUGCAUGCCGUGUAGUCAAUCCGUUGGUUGCUAGAUUUUGCCGCGGAUGCGGUUGCGAACUGGCACUUCCUUCCAAGGUACGCGCAGCUAUUAACUCUGGUUUGGUAGGGUGGAUAUGUGGGGUAUUUGUUCCCCGCCCAAAUCAUGAGUCGUGUGGCAAAGAUGAGUGUCAAAUUCCUGUAGAGAGGACAGCUAGAGCACCUACUGUGUCUAACUCUGUAACAUGCAACUAUUGUGGUUGCAUUCAGGCAAAUUCCGUCGGUACUGCUUUCCUUGAUCGGGUUCUAUGUAGACGUUGCCAUGCUUGCUUGCCUGGAUUCACCGUCAAGAUAUGGGUGUGCCUUCAAUCGAAGUGCUUCCAUGUUAAUGUAGAUUUGGAUGCUAGCACUGGAGCCGCUUUCAAAGGGGUUACCGAGGAGAGAAUGAGCAAUGAAGAUAUAAGAUCAACGACUGAGGAAGCUACGUUUUAUACGUGUUCUGCAUGUCAUACUUCGCACCACAUAGCUGAUAUAUUCCAUCUUUACUUUCAGAGGUCAGAAGCUGUGCCGCACCCACAACUAUCACCAUUAUCCACGUCACCUCUUGUUCUGAGGGGUGCGAGCGAUACUUCGAACCCUCUCGGUUAUCGCGGUGAGCUCAGUAGCAUGAGGACUGCAAAGGCCCUGCUAUUUCUACCACCAGUUUCAGGACCCACUCAAUGUUGUAUUAGCUGUGGAACGUACCUAGAAUACACUAAUCUUGCGUGUGUGUGUCCUCAAUGCGGGCUGUGCCAGACCGACUUCGUCCACGAAAAUAAUCAGACAAAAAGGGGGCGAUACAAUGAGGCUUUAUUGUCACAUACCUCACCUACGAAAACUAUUCUCUCUGGAUGGUUGAUUUUGUUUAAGUUGUCUGAAGCUAUCAGCGCGAUCCGGUGUUAUCAAGAACGUGGUGAAGAAACAGAGCUCGGGGUCUCGGACGGGCAGAAGUCAGAUCAACUCAACAAGGCGUUUCCCCCAAGAUCUGACCCCACGUGGAUUCUGGACUUUAUGAAGUCUGCAGUAAGCGCACUACGAUCAAUGCAAGAGGAUCUAUUGCCCUGGCGCGGUUGUGACCUACAGAACUGCAUGCUUUGUGGUAUAGAACCGCGUGUGGUAGUGUUAAAUGAUGAAAUGGAUAGCCUUCACUCUGCGAUUCUCCUUGUGCGGUGUAUUAUUGAGGAUCUUUGUUUGGUCGCAAAAUCUUUUAGUGAGAAUAGGGGCAUUGAGGCUUCUGUGCUCUCGGAGUGUUUGGAGUCGGAUGUGGUGUGGGAGAAGCAGCGUCCGUGGCUGCUUGUCGCUGGCGAUUUGGUGGAUAUCGUUAACACCACUACCGACUUUGAUGAAAUUGGUUUCCCACUACUUGCAAAUUUAUGUCAGUUAAUACGUCCACAUGAGGUGGAACAUAUUCAGUCAGAAACCAGAUGGUCAUAUCUACAUGCGAUGAAGCUAACCCGUGAAGCGAUGGUUCAUGAGGUGGUCUGCGUGUGGUGUUUCGGCCGGCACAAUAAGGAUGAACUGUGUUGCUUCUAG